CUUAUACACUUGGUCGGUGUAUAAGAAAAUGCUUGGAACACCUAAAAAUGAGUGACCCUGUCAUCACUUUAACUCACACAGGAGAAUGUCGGAAAGCCCCAGAGAAUUACAAUAAGAAGGAUAAUUGAAAGGCUGAUGUCAUACUUCCAGACAUGCCUUUAUGCUUUAUAAUAGAAGAGAGUCAAGAGAAGGACUAAAACCACCCAUUUUUACAUACACACAAGUAAGUAAAUAAAUAAAUAAAGUUUUUGAGCUCUGCUUACUCAGAAAUUUCUUACAAUAUUAAUAGUUGUGUGUGAAAUUCUACUAUAAAAUAAAGUUCAUAUGUGCAGGGAGGUGUAUGAACGUUUUCGAGCUUCCUAUAAAGGCAAGGAAGACAUCCACACCAGGUUGAUGAGGAAGUACAAGGACAUUCUUGAAUGGUGGUUCUACCUGUUGCUGGUGGUGACUGUUGGAAUCUCGCUUAUCAUGUGCACUGCCCUAAAAGACCAGGUUCAACUGCCAUGGUGGGGUCUCCUAUUCGCCUGCGCUAUUGCCUUUGUUUUCACUCUUCCCAUCAGCAUUAUAACUGCCACUACAAAUCAGACGCUGGGGCUGAACAUCAUCACAGAAUACAUCAUGGGUUUAAUACUACCAGGAAGGCCAAUAGCCAAUGUUUGCUUCAAAGUGUAUGGGUAUAGGAGCAUGACACAGGCCAUCUCCUUCCUUUCUGAUUUCAAGCUUGGACACUACAUGAAGAUCCUGCCAAGAUCAAUGUUCUUAGUUCAGAUGGCGCUUAGGGAAACUAUCAACCGCAUCUUGGAGUCAACUACCAGUAGUCCAGAAAAUGCUGGAAGUGUAUUACAUGUGCAAGGUUUGUAA